AUGUGGUCAACACUCGUAUUUUUGCUGGUAGCACAGCUAUCAUGGACAACAGCCGAAGAAUCCUGUGCAGCGUCAGGGGCUCCUCUGAACUCGGCUUUUGUAUUUGUCAAACCUCAUGCAAACACUCCAGCAACUCGAGAAAUGGUUGUGGACAAGCUCAGCAAAGCUGGAUUGACAAUCCUUUCCCAAUCCGAGAUCAACGGAGUCGAGAUCGACGAGAAGUCUUUGAUUGAUCAGCACUACUUUUCUAUUGCAUCAAAAGCAACAAUCCUUUCAGCUGACAAAAUCCCUGUGCCCAACGAGAAAUUCGAAGCAUUCUUUGGCGAGUCGUAUUCAAGCGUUUUGAAGGACAACCGGGCAUUCAAUGCAUUAGAAGCAUGCAAACAGUUUGGCUGUACCCCGAUUGAACUUAAUGAUGCAUGGCGAGAAGCUGAGAAGGCAGACAAAGUUGUCAAGCUCGGUGGCGGGUUUUAUUGCGGACUACUUUCUGUGAACGGUAAACCGGAGCUUUAUGUUUUUAAUGCGUUUUUUAUGUCUAUGAGGUCAAAAUUUGUUGGUGAAGAAAACUCGAUUCAAGGGUAUGAAGUACAAUGGGAUCCUUCUGUACUUUCUUGGGCUUCAUUCCGUUCCGAUGUUCUGGGUCCAACCGAUCCUUCAAAGGCCAAGCGGGGAAGCAUUCGACGAGCGGUGCUAGACAAUUAUAAGAACCUAGGUCUUUCCUCGAAGCCAAACAACAGUGACAAUGGGGUUCAUGCCUCGGCUUCCCCGUUUGAAGGUCUGGCUGAGAAAGCAAAUUGGCUUGGCGUCAAACCCCAAGAUGAUCCAUUCGGUAAAGCACUGCUAGGUGCUGGAAUUGCAAAGAAGAAGCUAAAUCAAUGGUUCAAAGAUCCCCAGGUGAAGCUGACAGAAUCCACAUCAGGCAGCCUGUUUGAUGAUCUUGAAGAUUUGGAUGCAGCUGAGUGCUUGCAAAGGCUGAUUGAACUUAGCAAAUUGAACCAUUAG